UGGCCGGCAGUUAUGUUGGUCUCUGCUUCUUGGCCUCAACUGUGCCCAUUUAAUGCCUCAGUUGUUUUUGUUGUUUGCUAGCAUGUCAGUCAGUGGUUUGUUUGUUUGUUUGUUUGCUUAUCUCUAUUAUUUUGUGAUAAAUUUAUGUUUGUUGACUGGUUGUUUUGUUGUUUAUUUGCUUAUUUGUUUAUUUGUUUGUUUAUUUAUUUGUCUAUUUGUUUGUUUAUUUGUUUGUUUAUUUGUUUGUCUAUUUGUUUGUCUAUUUGUUUGUUUAUUUGUUUGUCUAUUUGUUUGUCUAUUUGUUUAUUUAUUUGUUUAUUUAUUUGUUUGUCUAUUUGUUUGUUUAUUUGUUUGUUUAUUUGUUUGUUUAUUUGUUUGUUUAUUUGUUUGUCUAUUUGUUUGUCUACUUGUUUGUUUAUUUGUUUGUUUAUUUGUUUGUCUAUUUGUUUAUUUAUUUAUUAUUUGUUUGUUUAUUUGUUUGUUUGUUUAUUUGUUUGUUUGUUUAUUUAUUUGUUUAUUUGCUUAUUUGUUUGUUUGUUUGUUUGUUUACUUGUGUGUUUAUUUGUUUGUCUAUUUGUUUGUCUACUUGUUUGUUUAUUUGUUUGUUUAUUUAUUUGUUUGUUUAUUUGUUUGUUUAUUUGUUUGUUUAUUUGUUUGUUUAUUUGUUUGUUUAUUUGUUUGUCUAUUUGUUUGUCUACUUGUUUGUUUAUUUGUUUGUUUAUUUGUUUGUCUAUUUGUUUAUUUAUUUAUUAUUUGUUUGUUUAUUUGUUUGUUUGUUUAUUUGUUUGUUUGUUUAUUUAUUUGUUUAUUUGCUUAUUUGUUUGUUUAUUUGUUUGUUUGUUUAUUUGUUUGUUUAUUUAUUUGUUUAUUUGCUUAUUUGUUUGUUUGUUUGUUUGUUUACUUGUGUGUUUAUUUGUUUGUCUAUUUGUUUGUCUACUUGUUUGUUUAUUUGUUUGUUUAUUUAUUUGUUUGUUUAUUUGUUUGUUUAUUUGUUUGUUUAUUUGUUUGUUUAUUUGUUUGUUUAUUUGUUUGUUUAUUUGUUUGUCUAUUUGUUUGUCUACUUGUUUGUUUAUUUGUUUGUUUAUUUGUUUGUCUAUUUGUUUAUUUAUUUAUUAUUUGUUUGUUUAUUUGUUUGUUUGUUUAUUUGUUUGUUUGUUUAUUUAUUUGUUUAUUUGCUUAUUUGUUUGUUUGUUUGUUUGUUUACUUGUGUGUUUAUUUGUUUGUCUAUUUGUUUGUCUACUUGUUUGUUUAUUUGUUUGUUUAUUUGUUUGUCUAUUUGCUUGUUUAUUUGUUUGUUUAUUUGUUUGUCUAUUUGUUUAUUUAUUUGUUUAUUUAUUUGUUUGUCUAUUUGUUUGUCUAUUUGUUUGUUUAUUUGUUUGUCUACUUGUUUGUCUAUUUGUUUGUUUAUUUGUUUGUUUAUUUGUUUGUCUAUUUGUAUGUUUAUAUGUUUGUCUGUUUGUUUAUUUAUUUAUUUGUUUAUUUAAAUGUUUAUUUAUUUGUUUGUUUACUUAUAUGUUUAUUUGUUUGUUUAUUUGUUUGUUUAGAUUUUUUGUUUAUUUAUUUGUUUAUUUGUUUAUUUGUUUGUUUGGUUAUUUAUUUGUUUAUUUGUUUGUUUAGAUUUUUUGUUUAUUUAUUUGUUUAUUUGUUUGUUUGUUUAUAUUUUGUUUAUUUGUUUAUUAAUUAAAUUUCUUCAUCAUUAUUUGUUGUUUAUUUAUUUGUUUGUUUUUGUUGUUUGCUUAUUUAUAUAUUUAUUCUGUACAUCAUCUCUCUGUCGCUUUAUUUGUUGUCCACCUACCUACCUACCUACCUACCUACCUACCUACCUACCUACCUACCUACCUACCAUCUUUCACUCAAAAAUGUUUUAUUUAAUUUCUUGUAUUUCUU